AAACUGUUUUAGAAAACAUGAAAAUGGCACCUGGCAUCGAUAUUUCUGUUAUGGCACAUUUAAAAAAAAAAGCAGAAACCCUGUCAGCCCAAAAUAAAAUAUGUGUUCUUUUAUUUGACGAAAUAGCCUUGAAAAAAAGACUUAUUUAUAACAGUGCUACAGACGAAGUCGAUGGCUAUGAAGAUCUGGGCGGUCAAGGGGAUCGAUCUGAAAAAAUUGCAAAUCAUGCCCUGGUUUUGAUGCUUCAAGGUCUUCAUAAAAAAAUUAAGCAACCCAUUGCUCACUAUUUCGUCAAGGGAACGAUUUCUACUCAAACAUUAGUCAGUAUUAUAAAGACUGCAAUUCGAGCUGUACAUGAGGCUGGUUACAAGGUGAUAGCGACAGUAUGCGACCAGGGACCCACAAAUGUGGGUGCGAUGAAUUUGCUCAAAAACCUCAGCGGUGAACCUGCAGAAUCUAAUUAUUUUAUGUUAGACGAUGAAAAAGUGUUUAUUGUAUAUGACGUGCCUCAUCUAUUUAAGUCAUUACGAAAUAAUUUUCUCGAAGGUGGCUUGUUAAAAAUGGACAAUAAAACAGCGAAAUGGACUCAUUUGGUAGAAUUGCAGGAAAAAAAUCAAAGUACGCUUCACUUCACGAAGAUCACAAAAGCACAUGUGAGCCCCAAAUAUAGGACGAAAAUGAAAGUCAAGCUAGCUGCCCAAAUAUUAAGUAACACAACUGCUGCAAUAUUAAAGUUACUAGCUGAAAGCGCUGAAAAUAAAGAAAAAAACAAAGAAAUUUUAGAAACGGCGCAUAUAGUUGAAGAUUUAGACAGGUUAUUUGACUGCACUAAUGGGCCAUCAUCUCACAAAGAUAUUAAAAAAGGAAUACGACAAAACGUUACAAAAAACAGUUACCAUCAUGAAUGUUGGAUAAAAUAUAAAAAAAAAUUAAAGACUCUCCAUUUCCUCAAAUCCAACAGCCAACUUAGGCUAAGGAAUGUCCGAUGUGUAAAUGGAUACAUCACAACUAUAUCCUCCUUGCAAGACAUAUGGAAAUAUGUAGAGUCCAAAAAUUUUAAAUAUUUGAAUUUGCGGCAAUGCAAUCAAGACUCAUUGGAAAAUUUAUUCGGCAUUAUACGACAACACAGCCCGACCAACAAUAACCCGACGUGUCACCAUUUUACUGCGGCAUUAAAAUCUGCAAUACUCACCCGCCUUAGUACACCUACUAGUAGAGGAUCGAACUGUGAAAAAGACGAGAACGAGAUUUUAUUCGAUUUUCACGAUAUUGUUUUUGCAAAAAAACAUGACCAAAAAGAGUCUACAUCGGUAGACUUAUUAUCUGAUCACCACCUUCAAAAUUUGAAUGAAAGCAUUCCAUAUGUCUUGCACAUUCCUGAGGAACAAAAUUUUGAGCACGAAAUGGAAGAAAUGGAGGAAAUGUUCAAGGGAUUCGAUAAGCAGCCGACUGUUUAUGUGAGUGGUUAUCUGGCCAAGGUCCUCUUGAAAGAUGUUACCUGUCAAAAAUGUAUAAAGUCGAUGAAAGUGUCUUUUCCAAAACCAAAUUCUAUAUACAAUUAUAUAGCGUUUAGAGAGUGGUGGAACGAUGAAACUUCUCUAACAUACCCCACUUUACAACUUUGCGAGGCAAUUGAUAAUGCAACAAAAAUAUUUGAGUCGGAAGUGGCGACACGAUUGCAUGUUAGAGACAUAUGCAAAUAUGCAAUUACUGUCAUGAUUUGCGGUACUAAUUUAUCGUGGAUGUGUGGAGACCAUCAAGCAACAAUGACUGACCGACUGCUGAGGCGACUAAGCCUCUUAUUAAUCAGAAACGAAUGCCGUAUUAAAAAUAGAAUGUUCGCGGAAUUAGAAGACCCUUUAGCAGACACUGUAAAAAAAGGUCAACAACAGGGUAUAUCGAAGUAA